GCACUCAACAAAGCCACAUCCAAAUUUAGCACUUCUUAAAAAAAAAAACCCAUCUUUUCCCUAACUUUUUUGGAAUCAUUUUGUAGAAAAAUGGCAAAGGAAGUGAAGCUCCUUGGACAAUGGGUGAGCCCCUACGUACUUAGAGUACAAAUUGCUUUGGAACUCAAGGGGGUGAGCUACGAGUAUCUGGAGCAACAAUUUGGGGAAAACAAGAGUGAGCUCCUCCUCAAAUCCAACCCCGUGUACAAGAAGGUGCCAGUUUUGAUCCACAAGGAUCGGCCCAUUUGCGAGUCCGCGAUCAUCCUCCAAUACAUCGACGAAGUUUGGGGUGCCGGUGGACCUGCUGUUCUCCCCUCUGAUCCCUACGAGCGGGCGAUCGCGUGCUUUUGGGUCAGUUACAUUGAUGAUAAGUUUGGCCCAAGUUUAGUUGGACUUAUAAGAGGUAAAACAGACGAGGAGAACGCGGCUGCAGCAGAACAAGCCAUUUUAGGACUCGAGCUUUUAGAGGAAGCUUACGAGAAGAGCUCCAGAGGGAAGCGCUUUUUCGGCGGCGACGAUGUGGGCUACCUCGACAUCGUUCUCGGGAGUUCCUUGCGCUGGAUCGAGGUGAUCGAGAUCAUGCGCGGCAUCAAACUCCUCGACAACGCGAAGUUUCCGCUCUUGAUGGCGUGGGCGGAGCGCUUUCGCGCUGCAGCGGUGGUGAAGAAGCUGAUGCCGGAAGCCGGGAAGCUGAUGGAGUAUGCAAAAGAAGUUCAGGCCAGGAUGAAUGCUGCCGCGGCUAACUGAUUUGCAUUCGCAAGUUUGGUAGUACGUAGGAGGGGAAGUGGCGGUGGCAGGGGAGAGUGUGGUAUAUGGUUUGAGAAAUUGAAUAAACUUUUUUAGUGAUCAGUUUGAUGAUCGCGUUUCGUUGUAAUAAAGAUAGAUUAUUGUUUCCAUGGCAUGUGUGUUAAUUAAUUGUCGUAGCGUGCGUUUGUGUAAUCUUCUUAUCUUUUGACGUGUGUUUGUGUGAUUGUAUUUUAGAUUAAUUUCAUACAGAUUUCUUUAAACA